AUGGGGAAGUCAGCAGAGAAGGUGGGAGUGGAGGCUACGGACGAUCAGGCCUCGGUGGAAGUCGUCAACGCAUCGGGCCACCGUCAGGAAGUCGAACGCAACUUCAGCUUGCUGAGUAUCUGUGCCGUCGCCGUUACAACUGGAAACACGUGGAUCGCUCAGGGAGGCAGUGUGACAACUGCCUUGAGCAACGGAGGACCCUCGGGUGUGAUCUAUGAAUUUAUCGCCGUAUCCAUCUGCUACUGGCUCGUUGCGGCUUCGAUAGCCGAGUUGGCAUCUGGAAUGCCUUCUGCCAGCGGAGUCUACCACUGGGCGUCCAUCACUGCCGGCAAAUACGGACGCAUAUGCGGGUUCUUCGCGGGGUUCUGGAACUGCCUGGCAUGGAUCCUGGGGGCGGCGUCCAUGUCGGCCAUCCUAGGCCAACAAACCGUGUCGAUGUACGCGCUGAUGCACCCAGGGUUCGUCCCGCAAGCAUGGCACAUAUUCGUGAGCUUCGUGAUCUGCACGUGGCUCUGCUGCAGCAUCGUGCUCUUCAUGAACCGAUUCCUCCCGCACAUCGGCAACCUGGGACUUCUGUUCAUCCUGGCCGGGGUGCUCAUCACGAUCAUCGUCUGCGCGGCGAUGCCGCACGUCAACGGCAGCGCGUACGCCUCGUCCACGUCCGUCUGGAGCACCUGGGACAACGACACGGGGUACAGCAGCCAAGGGUUCGUGUUCGUGGCGGGGAUGCUCAACGGGGCGUACAGCGUAGGGACACCCGACUGCGCAUCGCACCUGGCGGAAGAAAUCCCCCAUCCGAGCCGCAACAUCCCCAAAGCGGUGCUCGCGCAGAUGGCCGUCGGCUUCAUCACGGGCGUGCUGUACAUGAUCGCGCUCUUCUACAGCAUCACGGACCUCGACGCGGUGAUCAACAGCGUGUACGGCUUCCCGCUAGCGGAGAUCUACUACCAAGCGACGGGCACGCGCGCCGGGGCGCUCGGGCUGCUCAUCGUGGCGUUCCUCCCCACCGUCAUCACCUGUUCCGGCUGCUACAUCACGGCAGGCCGCACGCUCUGGACCAUCAGCCGCGACGGCGCCACGCCGUUCUCCAGCUGGCUGGGCGCCAUCAACCCGCGCAUGCACAACCCGUUCAACGCCACCCUCGUCUGCGGCGUCUUCGUCACCAUCCUCGCCUGCAUCUACGUCGGCAGCACCACCGCCUUCAACGCCUUCAUCGGCUGCUUCGUCCAGCUCUCCUCCCUCUCCUACUUCGCCGCCAUCUUCCCGCAUAUCCUCACCCGCCGGUCGUCGUUCACCCCCGGGCCCUUUUGGCUCGGAAAGCCCGGGUACCUGAUCAACGCCCUCAGCUGUGUCUAUAUCCUUGCGUUUGUGGUGAUCUUCUGCUUCCCCUAUGCGCUGCCGACGGAUGCCGCGAGCAUGAAUUAUGCGAGUCUGCUGACCGGCGGGUUGACGCUUUUUGUCGCCGCGUGGUGGGCCUGGAAGAAGGGGGCGUAUGUCGGGCCUGAUCCGACUCAGAUUCCUAUGGGGGAUGGCGAUGGGAAGGUGGUGGUUGUUGAGGGCGCGGAGUGAUGGUGUUUCGAUUUUCUCAGUUUGUUCAGUAUAUUAUAUUAAAAAGAUUCAGUAACCAAUAUCAUCCUG